AUGGAUCGAACCGUAUAUGAUGUCGAUAUAUCCGGCCUGGGUGUUGGAUGGCAUGCUAACCUUGAGCUCAAAGAUAGGCUUUUGGAAGAGGGGUCGAAGGGUCUCAUCCUCCCGCCGGAAGGAGAGAAGGUUCCUCUGCCCAUGCAAAGCACAGCGAUUCUGAAUGAUGCUUUCUUAAUCCCGAUUGCUAUUCAGAUGAGGGCGGCUAGGAAUCUAAAGAUCCCAAGCCUCGAUGCCUUGGAAGCUGAGUUGCUUGUGACUUGGACAAAGUAUUUCGAAAGCAAAGAAAGGAAGAAGGUUUCGGGUAGCGGCCGAUACCCCAGCCUUCCUCAAGAGUUCAAGAUGCCUGCCUCAGUGGAAGCUUCCGUUCAUCAAGAUGCGAAGUACUUGAAAUCGUUGCUUUCAAUGAUCAAGAAGCAAUUCUUGAGCGAGCGACAAGCUCGAGAUGUGGAUUAUCGCCGUAUCGUCGCGAAUUUCGGCAACAAGGAAGAGUAUCCGGAGUUGGAUGCAGCUGAAGGGGCUGCUCGUGAUGAGGUUCAGCAAGCUAUUGAUGAGAUCGACGGAGUGGAGCCGCCCCAGGAGGUGGAAGUGUCUACCAAAGCAACGGCUGCUAAAAGCAAGCCCAGAGUGAAGGAACCAAAGCAGAACGAGUUUCCAGAUGACGAUUGUGUUAUGAUGGACUCUGCGAACGCUGUUGAAUCCCGUCGAAACAUGCUCAAAGAGCAGAUCGUCAAAAUCAAAGCUAUGUCCGACUCUUAA